GGCCCACGCGUCCGGCCCCGCCCCAGGGGCGGUGCUGGCCAGACCCCGCCGCCGGAGCUAACGCACAGCCGGGUGGGCUCUGGGGGCGGCGUGGGGGCCGGGGAAGUUUGCGCGCCGCCGCUAGUGCUGCGUUCCCGAGCCGGGCUCCAGCCCCGAGGACCGGGGGUCAGGCGGGCCGGUCUACGGAACCCCACGGGGCCGCAGCCGUCAUCUCAAAUCCUUCUGCUUGGAAAAGUGUUUAAGCUUCUAAAAUGUCAUCUGUCAAGCACCUGGUUUAUGCAGUUAUUCGUUUCUUACGGGAACAAAGUCAGAUGGAUACUUACACCUCAGAUGAACAAGAAAGUUUGGAAGUUGCAAUUCAGUGCUUGGAGACAGUUUUUAAGGUCAACUCAGAAGAUACACACCUAGCAGUUUCACAGCCUUUGACAGAAAUGUUUACCAAUUCCUUCUGUAAGAAUGACGUUCUGCCCCUUUCAAACUCAGUGCCUGAAGAUGUGGGAAAAGCUGACCAAUUAAAAGAUGAAGGCAAUAACCACAUGAAAGAAGAAAAUUAUGCUGCUGCAGUGGAUUGUUACACACAGGCAAUAGAAUUGGAUUCCAAUAAUGCAGUUUACUAUUGCAACAGGGCUGCUGCUCAGAGCAAGUUAGGUCACUAUACAGAUGCAAUAAAGGAUUGUGAAAAAGCAAUAGCAAUUGAUUCAAAGUACAGCAAGGCCUAUGGGAGAAUGGGGCUGGCCCUCACUGCCAUGAAUAAAUUUGAAGAAGCAGUUACAAGUUAUCAAAAGGCAUUAGAUCUUGACCCUGAAAAUGAUUCCUAUAAGUCAAACCUGAAAAUAGCAGAACAGAAGUUAAGAGAGGUAUCUAGUCCUACAGGAACUGGGCUGAGUUUUGACAUGGCUAGCUUGAUAAAUAAUCCAGCCUUCAUUAGUAUGGCAGCAAGUUUAAUGCAGAACCCUCAAGUUCAACAGCUAAUGUCAGGGAUGAUGACAAAUGCCAUUGGGGGACCUGCUGCUGGAGUUGGGGGCCUAACUGACCUAUCAAGCCUCAUCCAAGCGGGACAACAGUUUGCUCAGCAGAUACAGCAACAAAAUCCUGAACUUAUAGAGCAACUGAGAAAUCACAUCCGGAGCAGAUCAUUCAGCAGCAGCGCUGAAGAGCAUUCCUGAUUCGACUAGGGGCUGAAGCCCAGGAUACAAAUAGUUUAUGGCUAUGAAUGAAGUAUUUGUUGUAGAUAGUACCCCCUCCCUCCUUCAAAAAACCAAACACCAUAUCUGAUGUUUGAAAAUAAUGGAGGAAAACCUCUUGUGUAUAUUCUUAAAGAAUAAAUCCGUUUAGACAAUAGGUGUAUCACAAACAGA